CAUUUGUUAUUGAUUCUCAAACCUGCUAAACUUGAGCUUAUUAGGGUUUAAGGCAAACGUAUCGAACUUUAUCAGGUUUAUUCUUAAGGGGUUUAACUAUCUUUCUCUAAAAUCUAUUUUCAUUAUUCUUCCUGGUAAGAACCAAAACAUGGCGACGAGCAUAGCCUCUCAGUUGGAAGCAAUUAGGUCAGUCAUACAAACCGAUUCCGCGCCUCAAAAGCGACCCAUCACUCGGCCCUCUAUCCUGUUCGAUCCUAAAGAAGCUGCCGAUAUCGAUAUUGAGAGUAUACUCAGUAUUGCACUUUCAGGUCUAGAGGCUAUUGUAAGUGUGGAUGAACGUUUUGAAAAAUAUAAGAAUGAUCUGUUCAGUCAUAAAAGUAAAGAAUUGAAUAGAGAAUUGAUGCGUGAAGAUGAAAACAACCGUAUAAAUGCAACCAUUGGUUCAUUCUUAAGGUUGCUUUCUGGACAUCUUCAACUUCCUGCUUCCCACAAGACACUCGAGUAUUUGAUACGCAGAUAUAAGAUUCAUGUAUACAACUAUGAGGAUUUGAUUUUAUGUGCCUUGCCUUAUCAUGACACCCACGCAUUUGUUCGAAUAGUCCAGUUAAUUGACACAAGAAAUAGUAAAUGGAAGUUUUUGGAUGGUGUUAAAGUCUCUGGUGCGCCACCUCCUAGAAAUGUUAUAGUGCAGCAAUGUAUUCGUGACAUGGGAGUUUUGGAGACUCUGUGCAAUUAUGCAUCUCCAACAAAGAAGUUUCAACCUUCAAGACCUGUCAUCAGCUUUUGUGUGGCAGUUAUUAUUGAAUCUUUGGGUUCUAUGACUGUUAUCAAUAGUGAUAUUGUGAAGAGAAUCCUUCCAUUUGUAGUUUCUGGACUUCAACCUGUUUCCAGAAGAGGUUCAGAUCACAAGGCUGGUGCUUUGAUGAUUGUGGGCUUGCUAGCAAAUAAAGUUUCAUUGGCUCCUAAGCUUGUUAAGAGUUUGAUUCGGUCAAUUUCUGAGAUGGUUCGUGAAGAUGCUAAAGAGUUGAGUGAUCUGCAAUGGCUUCGUUUAUCCAUCAUGACUUUAAUAAACUUUGUUCAGUUGCAAUCAAUCCAUACAUUCCCAAAGAAUUCCUUGGAGCUUUUAAAAGAAACUAGGGAUAUUGCUGAGGUUCUUUUAGAAUUGUCUAAACAGUUCAAUAUCGAUAGGUUCCUGGUUGUGCUUUUGGAAUCUUUAGUUGACUACAGUUCUGAAGAUGAUGCAAGUUGUCGUGCUUUGAUAUCCAUAAUAGAGAUAGUUCCGGUGAAGAAUUUUGUUGAACAAGUGGUCUCAAAGGUCCUCAUGUCUUGCAUAAAAAUGAGACAGAGAAUUGAUUCAACCCCUUCUGAAUCAGGGAGCUGGGCAAAGAAGAUUUUGAUGGUUAUUAGUAAGAAUUAUCCAUUGGAACUUCAUCAAGCAGUUCGUAAAUUUUUGGAGGAUACCAAAGGUCAAUCCAAUAAAGAUGGAGCAGUAUUUGAAACUUUAUGUAAGAUAUUGGAUGGGAACUUGGAUUUUUCAAUGGCUAAAUCAGAUUCCAAAAUUUGGUUUGCUCUGCACCAUCCUAGGGCAGAGGUCCGACGUGCUGCAUUGUCCAGUUUAAAGACAUCUGGCAUCCUUAAAACCUCGGAUGUUGAUUCACAGAGAUUUACAACUAUCCAGAAUGCAAUUUUGUGCCAGCUUGAUGAUGAUGAUCUAACAGUUAUUCAAGCAGUUCUGUCUCUUGAGGGAUUGUCUGAAAUAAUAAACGCUUCUGAUCUUCUUGAAUCAUUAGAUAAACAACUCAAAAGAUUUGAUAUCAGCGAAAAUUCAACUUCAUCUACUCUGGCUGGUGAUAUUGUUGUUUCAUUCCUGAAGAUUGCUAUCUCAAGUUUGCAUGACCAGGGUGAUUAUUCAAAGAAAGUUGCUGCCAGGAUAUUUCCUUUUCUCCUAAUAUUACCUAAGACUCAGAGGAUAAAUUUGAAGGUUUUGGAGUUGGCAAAAGAAAUGAACUGGCCGCUGUACCAUAAUCUUAGUGAUAUCCCCUCUGAAGAAAUGAAAUUAGAAAGCGAAAUCAUAUCUGCAGUUAAUAUGAAGCUUAUUAGCAGCUUGGCAGAAACAUUCACAAUGCAGCCUGACGAACAUAUAUCUUGGAUUAUAGAGAGCUGCAAUGACUUCAGUUUGUCAAAGACAGUUUUCUUCUUGGUUGUGAUGGAAUCAUUUCUGAAUCAAAAGAAUGAGAGUAGGCAAAGUUUGGCACUUUUUGAAACUUGCUUCCCUGUUUUAAAGGCACAGUGGGAAAAUUUCAAAUCUGCUGCUGAUGUUUCUCAGAAUGAGUUCAAUAAAGAGAUGAUAACCUGGGAUUGCCGAAGAUUUUUAGAUCAGCUAUUUUAUAAUGAUGUCAAUGCAUUAAAUGCAAACAUCCUAGUUUCUCUCUUCUGGAGGUUAUUGGAAACUAUUCUUUCAGCAGCUCCCACAGAUAUGCUGUUGGAUGAUAAUGGGAAGUUGAUUAGCAGCGCACUUAGGGAAUUAUUUGUCUUUUUUGCAACCUCUGAUUCAAAGAAUGUCUUCAAGGAACAUCUUCAUUAUCUUGUUACAAAAUGCAAGAUCUCUUCUAUUGAUUUUCUUUCUGGGUUUUUCAUGGAUGAAGAUGUUGCUGUUCCUGUCCAAGUUGAGAGUCUUCACUGUUUUACAUUUCUUUGUCUGGAGCCCGAUGAUAGAUUGCUGUUUCAACUACUAGCCAAUUUUCCUUCACUUCUUGUUCCUCUUGCUUGUGAUAGUCAGGAUAUAAGAAUUGCUGCCAUGGGCUGCAUUGAAGGACUCUAUUCACUUUCACGUAGAGUUGACCAUUUAAGUAAGAAAAAUGGGAACAAUGCGAAUUGGAGUCAUUUUCUUGAUGAACUUUUAGGCUUAAUUGUCCAACAAAAAAGGGUCAUAUUGUCUGACAAGAACUUACUACCUUCAUUAUUGACCUCUUUGCUUGGCUCAUCUUGUGGUAGUCUUCUUGUGCCACAAAAUAUUGAACAAAGAUUUGAUCAACCUACAAAGGAAAAAAUCCUUGCUUUCAUCAUGGGUUAUGCUCUUCAACUUUCUGCAUUUGCUAAGCUGAGGGUUAUAUCAUUGCUCAAAGGAUUGGGCACUACCAUAAUGUGUGUUGAAGAGGUUGAGACCUUUUUAUCUCAACUUCUGAGAAGACGCAGACAAUUUUAUCUUGAGGCUGACAAGUCGUUCCAGAAGUUGUCCAGAACUGAAGUCAAACUUUUAUGUCUUUUACUGGAGAUUUGUGCUGCGCAGCCUUUAUCAUUCAAGGGAUAUGCUUUUGAAGAUUAUUUAUUAAGUGCUCUGCAACUGGGCGGGCUCUCUUCAGAAGAAUCUGCUGUCAUGGAACCUUGUAUUACUGUUUUGCAGAAGUUAACUGGCCAAUUUUACAGUGGUUUGACAAUUCAGAAACAGGAGCUUCUGUUUCGUGAGCUUGUGAUUUUGUUCCGAAAUGCUAAUGGUGAUAUACAUAACGCAACUAGAGAGGCCUUGCUGCGCUUAAAUAUUACUUGCUCUACAGUGGUGCAGACACUGGAUUUUAUAUUUAAACAGGAUGGUCAUAAAACUGAUUCAGCUCAUGGAAAGAAGAAAAAGAAACCAGUUGCUCAUCAAACCUCUGAUUGUAAUGUGGUUUGUAAAGGAGUAACUGCAUUAUGCUUACUGAGCUCCUUGCUCGACAUAUUGGCACUGAAGAAAGAUAUGGCUAACAGGGAAUCUCUUAUUGGACCCCUGUUUGAUCUCCUGAGAAAAAUCUUUUCGGAUGAGUGGGUCCUUGCCCAAGAUGAAAAGUGGAUCCAAGUUUCGUCUGGCAUUUCUCAGACCAUGUCCAGUACAGUGCAUUAUGUUCAACAAGCACUUUUAUUGAUGCUGGAAGAUAUUAUUGCUUCAUUUAUAAAUGCUGUUCCUCUAAAGGAUGACAUAACAAAUAAAAUAGACAUCAAAAUGUUGGUUAAGUGUGCCCGUUCUGCAAAGGAUGGAGUCACACGCAACCAUGUAUUCUCACUGCUAUCUUCAAUUGCAAAGGUCAUUCCGGACAAGAUAUUGGAGGACAUAUUAGAUAUACUUACUGUUAUUGGAGAAUCAACUGUUACUCAGAUUGACAGCCACUCGCAACAUGUGUUUGAGGAUCUUAUAUCUUCUGUUGUUCCCUGUUGGCUGGCUAAGACAAACAACACAGAGAAAUUACUUCAGAUUUUUGUGAACGUGUUGCCUUCAGUUGCAGAGCAUAGGAGGCUGACAGUUAUUGUAUACCUAUUAAGGACAUUGGGAGAACGUAAUAGCUUGGCUUCAUUGCUUGUCCUCCUUUUUCGGUCAAUUUCAAGGAAAGGACCAUUUUUUGAUGAUGCACAUACUUCACAUGGUCUUACAUCUUUUAUAAAGAGAGAGUGGGAGUAUUCCUUUUCUGUGCAGAUAUGUGAUCAAUAUUCAUGCAUGAUAUGGCUUCCAUCCAUUGUUAUGCUGCUUCAAAUUAUAGGAAUUGAUGAUUUAUGCCAAGAAGUGUUUAUUGUAUUGCUGCUUACUAUGGAAUUCAUUUUACACAAAUUGAAAGAACCAGAAUUCACGUUCAGGCUCGAAUCAAGUGAAGAUUCUGAUAGCAUCCAGACAACUCUUGAACAGCUCAUGGAGCAUGUUGUUUCUCUUUUACAAGUCAUUGACUCAAGGAGAAAACAAUUAAGCAUCCAUGUUAUAAUUAGAAAAGAAUUAAAAGAGAGUGCACAUACCGUCUUGAGAGCUAUCACGGCAGUUAUGAGUCCUGCAACAUACUUCAGAGGGAUCAUCAGUUUGCUUGGCCAUUCAGAUGGAAAUGUGCAGAAGAAGGCUCUUGGGCUUCUUUGUGAGACAUUAAGAGACCAUGAAUCAAUUAAAUGGAAGCACCUGGGAAGAAGGGAACUGAAUGUAAAAUCAAAUGGUGAUUGGCUCCAUAUGGAUGAUAGUUCUCUUGAAUCUUUUAACAAAAUGUGUCUGGAAAUUGUUCGGUUAAUUGAUAGUAAGAUGGAUGAGAUUGAUUCUUCACUGAAGCUUUCAGCAGUCUCUACGGUGGAAGUUUUGGCUCAAAACUUCUCUUCCAAUUAUUCUGUCUUCAGCAUGUGCCUUCCAUAUAUAACAGGAGGCAUGAAUUCGGACAACAUGGCCAUUUCUUACAGCUGCAUUCGAACAAUUGGUGCUUUAGUUAAUGUGCUUGGACCAAGAGCAUUAGCUGAGCUUCCUAGAAUAAUGAAGAAUGUGAUUAAGAUAUCUCAUGAAAUGUCUUCCCGUGUUGGUGAUGAUAACUCCUCGUCCAGAGAAUCUUUCAUGCAUUCUAUUCUUGUUGCUUUGGAGGCAAUUGUGGACAAGCUAGGUGGUUUUUUAAAUCCCUAUCUUGAGGAGGUUACAAGACUAAUGGUGAUUGGUCCUGAUUAUAUUUCAGAAUCCAAACCAAAGCUAAAACUGAAAGCUGAUGUAGUGCGAAGGCUUCUCACUGAAAAAAUCCCUGUUCGUCUUGCUCUGCCACCCUUGCUGAAGGUAUAUUCUGAUGCUGUGGAGUCUGGGGAUUCAAGCGUGGCAAUGACUUUUGAAAUGCUAGUGAGCUUAAUUGGUAAGAUGGAUAGAUCAUCUGUUGGCGGUAACUGUGGAAAGAUUUUUGACCUGUGCUUGCAUGCUCUUGAUCUUCGUCGUCAAUGUCCUGUUUCAAUUAAGAACAUUAAUAUUGUUGAAACAAGUGUCAUCAAGGCUACGGCUUCUCUAACAAUGAAACUCACCGAGUCUAUGUUCAAACCUCUCUUCAUCAGUAGCAUCGAUUGGGCAGAGUCACCUGUGGCAGAAAUUUCCAAUGAGGGUGCAUCUGUGGACAGAUCCAUUGCGUUAUAUGGUCUGGUGAAUAAAUUUGCUGAGAGUCAUAGGUCUCUUUUUGUCCCUUAUUUCAAGUACUUGCUUGAGGGUUGCAUUCGGCAUCUCUCUGAUGCUGCAGAUGCAAAAGGUGUUCGAAAGAAAAAGAAAGCCAAGGUUCAGGAAGCUGGAACUCAUAUAAGAGACAAGAACAAUGUAUCAUCACUUAAAAACUGGCAUCUAAGGGCAUUAGUCAUAUCAGCUUUACAUAAAUGUUUUCUAUAUGACACCGGGAACCCGAAAUUUCUGGACUCAUCAAAUUUUCAGGUUCUAUUGAAACCUCUUGUCUCACAGCUUGUUGAAGAACCGCCUACUUCUAUUGGAGAGCAUCCAAAUAUACCUUCUGUUACAGAAGUUGAUGAGUUGUUAGUAGUUUGCAUUGGUCAAAUGGCUGUUGCUGCAGGAAGUGACCUUCUAUGGAAAGCUCUGAACCAUGAGGUAUUGCUGCAAACUCGGAGCGAAAAGAUGCGUUCUCGAAUUUUAGGACUGAGAAUUGUCAAGCACCUUCUGGAUAAUUUGAAAGAAGAAUACCUGGUAUUCUUGCCGGAAACCAUUCCCUUCCUGGGUGAACUGCUAGAGGAUGUGGAGCUACCUGUUAAAUCUCUAGCACAGGAAAUUCUCAAGGAGAUGGAGUCCAUGAGUGGUGAAAAUCUUAGGCAAUACCUCCAAUGAUAUGGAAAGCGGGUGCCCCUUUUCGAAUGCGGGCAGCCACGUGGUCAGAGCUAACAUCUGUAAUUCCGUGUUUUUUGAGAAGUGUAUAUUGUAAAUCUCAUAUUUAUAUAGGAUUUAGGUACAACCAGCAAGUUGAAGCUUAGUUGGUUCGAGUAAGAGAUUAGGAGAAAUAGCCGUGGCUUAAGCAGUGCAAGGAAUAUAUGUUCUGUAUCAAGAAAUGGCUGACGUGCUUUUGUUGAUUUUGUUAAUGUAGAGAAUUUUUUUCCCCUGAAUACUGGCUAAUAUAUCAUCUGAACGCUGAUCUAAUAAAGUAAUUGAUACAGUUGUCAGUUUUUAAA